UCGUGCUGCACUGCGACGUGUGCUGCGCCUUCCCGCUCAACGAGAUGAUGCACUUCCACCUCAAGCACGGCGGCUCGUGCACCGUGCUGGGCAAGCGCGUGUUCCACGACGAGGCCAAGAAGUACGGCUGCCUCGUGGCCGACCCCAUGACCAAGGAGAUCCUGCACUGGGCCGAGAAGCCAGAGACGUUCGUCAGCGACAUCAUCAACUGCGGGGUCUACCUCUUCGACGUGUCGCUCAUGGACACGAUCGUCAGCGUCGGCGACAAGAUCAGUCGUCAGAGACUGCGCAGCGAGUCCAGCAGCGAGGCCAACACGCAGCACGACCUCAAGAAGCUCUUCCCGGAGUUCAGCAACCUCGACAACCUCCGAUUGGAGCAGGACGUGUUGUUGCCGCUGGCUGACCAGCACUGUCUGCAUCUGUACGAGUUGGGGGACUUCUGGUGCCAGAUCAAGACGCCCGGCAUGGCCAUUACGUGCUCGGAGCUCUACAUGCAGCGGUUCCGCUUUACAAACCCCAGUGCGUUGAGCACAACGGGCGGGAAGCUCUCUCCGAUCAUUGAGGGCAACGUGGUGGUGGACUCGUCGGCCAAUGUGCACCCGACGGCCAAGCUGGGCCCGAACGUGACGAUCGCAGCGGGUGUGACUAUCGGCCCUGGAGCUCGAGUCGCGCAUUCGAUCAUUCUGGAGGGCGUGACCAUCAAGGACCACGCCUGCGUGCUCUUCUCCGUCAUUGGAUGGAAUUCCAUCAUCGGCCAGUGGGCCCGCGUCGAAGGCCAGCCGCCCAACGCAUCGCAGAUCCAGGUGCACUCGGCCGAGACGGCGCUGGUGCGGGACGUCACAAUCUUCGGUGUGUCUGUCGUUGCGAACCCGGAGGUCAUCAUUCGCAACUGUAUCGUGCUGCCUCACAAGACUCUCACGCAGAGCUACCACGAUGAAAUCCUAUUGUAAAAGAGCUCAUUGUUGGCUCUGCUCUUUAAAACCUU